ACUAUCUGCUUUCAUUCUAUCGUUAGAAUUCCUCGUUUCGGCACGUAACGUUUCGCUCAAAACUUUUCGGUAUUUUCCGCAAUAUUCCGGCAAACGCACUCAACGCUAACAUACUUAUCGCUAAAUAUUUGCCCACCUAUUAAGGAUUUACAGGGUAUCCCAAGCAUGGCCAGCGCCCAAAUGCAAACAUUUGAGUCAUCGGUCUUUGAGCCAAAUAAGUUUCUGCAGAGUCGCUUGGAGCAGUCUGCCCACAUUGAGAAGCAGGAGCUGCUAAAUGAACGGGAGCAUGAGCUGGAAAGUGUGCCCGAGGAGCAGAACGAACAAACCUAUAAAAUCGAGUAUAAACAUCCGCUAGAGCAUGUCUGGACAUUGUGGUAUCUCGAAAAUGAUCGCACCAAGCACUGGAAGGAUAUGCUCAAUGAAAUCACACAAAUCGAUAGCAUCGAAACCUUUUGGGGCCUCUACUAUACCAUCAAAACACCGUCGGAGCUCAAAAUUGGCAGCGACUAUUACAUGUUCAAACAGGGUAUACAGCCCAUGUGGGAGGACGAGUCAAACAUCAAGGGCGGCCGCUGGCUUUUUACUGUCGGCAAGAGCUCCAAAUAUGCGCUCGAUCGCAUCUGGCUGGAUAUUUUGUUAAUGAUGGUGGGCGAGUCCUUUGAAUAUGCUAGCGAAAUCUGCGGCGCUGUGGUCAAUAUACGUGCAAAAAGCAACAAGAUAUCUGUUUGGACGGCCAAUGGUACCAACGAGCUGGCCGUACUAGAGAUUGGUUUCAAAUUGAAAACUUUAUUACACCUCCAAUCGCACAAUCUUCAAUAUCAGCUGCACUCGGAUGCGAUGUCUAAAAUAAAUUCUGGCGUUAGAUCUGUAUAUAGUCUAUAACGAAAGUCAGUUAAUAGUUGCCUAUGUACAAUAGUUGGGAUAAGCGUAGUAUAAGUGCUCAAUAGUAUAAGAAACCCAUUAGAUAUAUCGCCCAAAUUGUAUUUUGAAAUUCCAGCAAAUUCAGGCAACUAAAUUACCGUAA